AUGCAGCCCUGGAAGUGGGUUAGCCCAGAGCAGCUCCUGAGACCAGACUAUCCAGUGCACAGAAUGCCUGUGAUGAGCAACUGGCCAGGGCCGAACUGCAUUUCUCCUUCAGUGGAGGAGCACGCUGCAACAGAUGGUGAGAAUUUGGUCAAGUCGGAGAAUGAUGAGGAUACGGUCAAGUCAGAGAACACUUCAACAGAAGAUGUGGUGUUGGUCCAGCCUUUGGACAAUCUAAGGAGAACAGAAAGCAGAGGGUCCUGUGACUCUGGUGUGUCCUUCAAGAGUGAUCGGUCAAGAGAACUCGGCAUUGAUUUCAAAAAAAGAUCCCCUUUCAGAAGGAGAACAGAAAGCAGAGGGUCCUGUGACUCUGGUGUGUCCUUCAAGAGUGAUCGAUCAAGAGAACUCGGCAUUGAUUUCAAAAAAAGAUCCCCUUUCAGCCCAGAGCAGCUCCUGAGACCAGACUAUCCAGUGCACAGAAUGCCUGUGAUGAGCAACUGGCCAGGGCCGAACUGCAUUUCUCCUUCAGUGGAGGAGCACGCUGCAACAGAUGGUGAGAAUUUGGUCAAGUCGGAGAAUGAUGAGGAUACGGUCAAGUCAGAGAACACUUCAACAGAAGAUGUGGUGUUGGUCCAGCCUUUGGACAAUCUCCUAGUGCAGCAGCCAAGGCCAGACUGUCCAGUACACAGUGGGAUCAUGGAGAGCACCUGGCCACCAUGCGGCUUUUGCUUAUGUGACAUGCACUAGACGAUCCAAGACCAGAUCCAGGUGUCUAAAGUGGAAUGGAAACAUCACUGAGCCAACCGUCAGCAGCUACCUCUGCUCGUCUGUUCAGCACCUCUUUGUUCUUUGUUCUCUGUUAAAAGAAAAAAAAAGCAAUAAUGAUUUUCAUAAUUACCAACUACUUUCUUAAUACCAACCUGCUGGUUGGAUAACUCAGGAUUUUUCUAGUAUGGUAAAAUUACCUCCCCAUUCAGAGAUUGCUAUAAUCUCUCUCUCUGUAUAUAUGUGUAUUAAUAUAUAUAUAUAUAUAUAUAUAUAUAUCUCAUUCCAUGUGUCACAUCCCAUAUCUCAUUCCUCUUUCUCGCUGCAGCAGUGCACUGCCAUGAGUCAAUGAACGAAGCUAGUGUCUAUGUUUAUAUCUCUAGUUUAUGUGUCUGCAAUAACAGGAGGAAAAACAGGUGUCCGUUAUCGGAACUGCAGAAGUCAGUUGACAACGUUGGCAGGUAGGGGUCGGGGAUAAAAUUGAUACAGCAUGGUAUUGCAAUAUUUUUUUGUGUGGCAGUAUCGUAUCAUUACAAUGAUGGUAAGCAUCAAUUUUUUAAUUAUAUACAUUGAUAUUAUAAAUACAAAUUAAACUUUCGGUAGCCUAUUAGAACAACAUAAUCAGUUGCGUUGUCAGUUCACUAGACACGUUUUGCUGCAACAAAAAUGGCUGAAGUGAGAUGAACAGCCUGAAAACAUAUACACUUUUAAGAAUACUGUUUGUGGUGGAAACACUCGUGUCUAGGUACCAUGUCUGAAGGGUUACUGUAGCAAUGGUCAUUUACCUUAACAGUAACAUUCAGCUCCCUGGCAAACUGCCUCCAGCCAUAGAUAGAAGCAUGGCGUCUGACAAAACAGCCAGUUAGGACACCUCUUUCAUCAGCUCAAAUACAAAGUGUUGUCAUAUUAGCGUAGUUUUAGUUUUCUUGUAAGACUUGCUCUGCCAUGUCUCACACAAACAUUUUCGUAAACAAACAAAUUAUGUCGCUCUGGCCUGCCCACCUCUACUGAAAUUUGAUUUCCUCGGCAGACCAGACACUGGUGGCUCCAUUAGGCCAUGUGGAAACAUAUUAUAUUCAUCACAUUGUCAUAUUGCUCAUUACUAAUGCUAUAUGAGUUGAAUUUAGUGCCGUGACGCCUUUACUGAUGUAGCCUACGUUUAAUUUGCAAGAAUGUGUCAUGACAGGGGCGUCGGUGGCUUAGUGGUAGAGCAGGCGCCCCACGUACAAGGCUGUUGCCGCAGCGGCCCGGGUUCAACUCCAGCCUGUGGCCCUUUGCUGCAUGUCACUCCCUCUCUCUCUCCCCCCUUCACGCUUGUCUGUCCUAUACAUUAAAGGCUAAAAAGCCCCCCAAAAUAUCUUAAAAAAAAAGAAUGUGUCAUGACAAAUGCCGAUUUCAGCUUAUGGACCAGCAAAACCAGAAAUCGAUCCAACACUAAUAAUGGUAGCAGUAACAGGCGAUCCAGCUUUAAAAGUGCUGUUUUUUUUUAAGUGCUGUGUGUCUAAUCUAAUUUAUGCUAUUUAAUGUAUGAAUAACACUGUACCACAUUUUAUUAUCAAUCAAUCAAUCAAUUUUAUUUAUAAAGCCCAAUAUCACAAAUCACAGUUUGCCUCACAGGGCUUUACAGCAUACGACAUCCCUCUGUCCUUAUGACCCUCACAGCUGAUCAGGAAAAACUCCCCAAAAAACCCUUUAACGGGGAAAAAACGGUAGAAACCUCAGGAAGAGCAACUGAGGAGGGAUCCCUCUUCCAGGACGGACAGACGUGCAAUAGAUGCUGUACAGAACAGAUCAACAUAAUAAAUUAACAGUAAUCCGUAAUGCCUCUGCACCGGCAGUAGUCUGACUGGGGGCAUUAUGUUUUGUGCUUGUUAUGUCACAAGCCCAAGUGCCUUACAUGACAUUUACUCUGUCAGUGUGUUUCAAGCUGUGGGUGCUUUACUUGAUGUCCAAGGACAAGACUAGAUAAAUGGCCUAAACUGCUUUGCUUUGAUCCGCCUGCUAUCCGUCAUGUUUCUCUGUUCAUUUAUUCAAAUUUUUCCUUUUUGUAUAAUUUGAAUGAACGGAAUACUAUAAUUUAAAAUAACUCCCCAAUUUUAAUCUCCUGAAACCUUGUGUCCUCAUAUGAGGACAUCACAUUUGGGUUUACUUGACCUUACACUUCAUUCUACUUAACUUAGACCUUUUGUCCUCAUUCAUAGACACGUUUUUGUGCUAUCUAGUGGUAGAAAGACCACAAUAAAACAAGAUGGCAGCCAUCUCUGCCAAGUCAGUCUGCAGCCGAUCCUGACACAGAAGUGGACAGUGUCCAAAAUCUGAUCAGAUUUAAUGGUUGAAACUUUUUUAUUUAUGAUUAAUAAUGUUUACAGUUUGAUAUGGCGACACAUUUUUACCAAUUUUAGCAACAGUAACAAGCUAAGACACUGUUAAUUAUUAAGUAGUCAUUUGAGGACAUUAGGCCCGUUUCCACUGAAGAAGUUUAUUUUUUUCACGGGCCAUUUUGGGAGUUUUUUUUACAUGGCGGCGAAAGCUAUAUGAACGAGCUAAUCCUCAUCUGCUGAGUUUUAAAAAUGCUGGCUAUUUUGUUGCUUUCUGUCGACGUCACAUCCCUCCUUGAGUAUAUCCAAUCAGCACCAAGUAACCCCCAAGCCCCAGCCAGGACUCUCUCGGGGCCGUUCUGAGUACCUACUCCGAGGCAGGGACUUGUUUAGCCCCCGUAAAAGUUCCGGAACUCUGUCCUUCGGGGGUGGUUCCUGCGGUGGAGACGCACCAACAGCACCGGCCCCGUAAAAUUACCCCGAAGUUCCUGCGGUGGAAACGGGCCUGUUGGGACUUAAUUAAACAUUGUUGAGUUUUUUAUAUUUAUUGGGUCCUACUGAUCCCAAAUAGCUAGGAAAAAUUAAACAUGCAUAAAAAACAAAAGUUCAGGUCUCAGGAGAUUAAACAAGACUUAAUUUCAGCUGGAGGUGAUGUCCACUGCUGGACUUACUGAAAUAUGAUUCUGUGUGUACAUUAGCUUUGUUUUUGUUAUUCUACAGCUGAGUGUAGAAAGGUUGCAUUACUUCGCAAUUCAGCUUGUCAGUCUCUGUGUCUUUAUUUUGCUUCUUUUUGAUGCAAACUUAUUGUAUUGCUUUGUCUUUUUAUACUGUUUGCUUAUUUUGCUCUUUGUUUUUUACUUAUUUCAUGACUUGUUUUUUUCUUUUUACUGAUGUACUUAUAUAUAUUGGUUUGUGUUUUAUUCUGCUGCUACUGCUUCCUGUUUGCACUAUGCCUCUGCUGCUGUAGUGUUGCAAAUUUCCCGGCAGUGGGACGAAUAAAUGCGUAUCUUGUCUUGCCUUGUUUAGCUUAAUUGUUGGUGUUUCUCAAAGUCAAGGAUCCUUCCUUGGUAGGACGAGUCCUUUCAAGACUUCCACUGGUGAAUGUUUAACUAGCUUGUGCUAUGCUGCUCCUCAGGCUUUCUGGGCCUCAACCUAAGUUCCUCCUCUUCUCUCUUGUGCCAUUACCUUGGGACCAGUAGCCAAUCAGACCAACUGUAUAUAAAGGCUGAGGAGCUGCUCAGCUGGCUCCCUGUUUUGCUGCCAUGUGUUGGCGAGCCACUUUGAAGUAGCAGUCCAGAGCUCUUUGUGACUUUUUAUAAACUUGUGAAGGCAGAGAUUGUUGUGAGAUUGAUCUGAGUUCAAGUACUAUUACUUGUCAAACCAAUCUUGUUGUGAAACACAUCAUCGUCAAACCACAGUUGACUGGAAAACAAGCGUUGUUGUUAAAUGUAUCUUUGUGAGGUCUCUUGUCACCUGUUAAGCUAAUUCACAUUGGCUCUGUAGGGGAGAGCUGCCAGUAUUGUUGCCCUCUUUCUCUCCCGGUUAGGGAGCAAACCAUAGGAUUGCACUUUCUUUUUUUUUCUGACAGUCAGUUACCUCUGGGGUUUUGUUUGUUAUUUUGGCUUGAGCUCUUCUUUGUGUUCUUUUAUGCUUCCUUAACUGGCAAUAAAAAGGUUAAACAACA